AUGCAACGCCUGGUGACCUGGGACGCGGCAUGUCUCCCCCUCCAGCCCGCGGCCUUUAAAUCCAUGGAAGUGGCCAACUUCUAUUACGAGGCGGACUGUCUGGCUGCCCUGAGCAAGCUGCACCCGCGGGCCGCGGGGGGCCGCGCCCUCACCGAGCUCACCGUGGGCGACCACGAGCGGGCCAUCGACUUCAGCCCCUACCUGGACCUGGCCGCCCAGCAGCAGCAGCAGCAGCAGCCGCCGCCGCAGCAGCCGCCGCCGCCGCCUUCCUCUGCGGCACCAGGGGGCAACUUUGAGCCGGUUUGCAGCGGCGGCGGCGGCAACAGCGGCGGCCCCGAUUUUCUCUCGGACCUCUUCUCCGAGCAGGACUACAAAGGCGGCGGGAAGAAGCACCCCGACUACCCCUACCUCGGCCUGGCGCGCCACGGCCUCCACCCGCCCGCCGUCGGGCAGGGCCACAAGGCCGGGCCGCUGCUGGGCUGCUUCCCGCCCCAGAUGGUGGAGACCAAAGUGGAGCCCGUCUUCGAGCACCUGGACUCUUGCAAAGGGCCCCGCAAGGAGGACGGCGGCGGCGGCGGCGGCGGGGGGGCCGGGCCGGGCCUGGGGGGCCUGGCCUCGCCCUACGGCAGCACGGCGCGCUCCUACCUGGGCUACCAGUCGGUGCCCAGCGGCAGCAGCGGCAACCUCUCCACCUCGUCGUCGUCCAGCCCGCCCGGCACCCCCAACCCGUCCGAUUCCUCCAAGUCCGCCUCGGCCGGAGGAGGGGGCGGCGGCGGCGGCGGGGGGGGCGCUUACCCGGCCGGCGGGGGCAAGCACAAGGCCAAGAAGUGCGUGGACAAGCACAGCGACGAGUACAAGCUGCGGCGGGAGCGGAACAACAUCGCCGUGCGCAAGAGCCGCGACAAGGCCAAGCUGCGCAACCUGGAGACGCAGCACAAGGUCUUGGAACUGACGGCCGAGAACGAGCGGCUGCAGAAGAAGGUGGAGCAGCUCUCCCGCGAGCUCAGCACCCUCCGGAACUUGUUCAAGCAGCUGCCCGAGCCCCUCUUGGCCUCCUCGGGACACUGCUAG